AUGGGAUCUCGUAGGCACGGGUGCUUCGCUGCGCUCGUGGCUCGCAUCCUCAGUAUGCUCUCGUGCACUCCCACCUUCCUAGACUCCAAACCUCGAAACUGCUGCCAUCCUGCUCCCUCUCUCCUUAUUUCCUCUCCUCCCCCUCUCCCCCUCCCCCUCUCCCCCCACUCCCCCUGCGCGCCAGCGUACCCGUGUGCCGGCACGUGGUGUGCCAUGGACGACCCCAACUCCUCGUGCGUGAAGCAGGACGGCCUGGCUACGUGCGUCUGCAAAUGGGGCUUCGCCAUGACGCCCGACCGCGGCUGCGUCGACACAUGCACGCUUAAGGCCUGUGUGGACGGCACGUGCAGCAAGGACGGAGACGGGUUGGCCGUCUGUUCCUGUGACGCCGCGGCUGGCUUCAAGCUGCAGCUUGACGGCAGGACGUGCAAGGACGUGUGCGUCAUCGAGGGCUGUGAGGCCAAAGACGCCAAUUCCAAGUGUGUGAGGAAUCUGGACGUGGCCCACUGUGAAUGCAAGACCAAGUUCGAGCUGUUCCAGGGCGUGUGCACUGGUAUGCUUCCUCGACUCACUCCGUCUGUGCCUCGCUCUGUCUCUCUGCGUGCAUCUGCGUGUCUCCUUUUCGUUUUGUCCACGUUUCUCUGCUCUCUCAAACUGCAUUUUGCUGACUCCGCUCCAACCCUCCUUCCACAUCCCCUCCGCCCCUCCGCCCCUGCCCUCCCAGACACGUGUGUGGUGAAGGACUGUGAGAGUGGUGGUGGCACGUGCACCCAGGACGCCGACGGAGUGGCGACCUGCCAUUGUGACGCCGAAGCUGGCUUCGUGCUGCUGGCUGAUGGGAGGACGUGCAAAGACACGUGCGAGGUGAAGGCGUGUGUGGAUGGCACGUGCAGCCAGGACGCCGACGGAACGGCAUCCUGCCAUUGUGAUGCCGACGCUGGCUUGGUUCUCCUGGAGGACGGCAGGACGUGCAAAGAUGUGUGCAUCAUCAAGGACUGUGAAGGCACUGAUGCCAAUUCCACGUGUGUCAAGAAUGGCAUCGAUGCAACCUGUGUCUGCAAGACUGGGUUCAAGCUGUUUGAGGGCAAAUGCAUUG